AGAUCGAGGAUGUGGUUGAUCUUUUUUGGCUGUAUCCGAAGUUUGUCAUAUGAAAAUAUAGAGUAGAAAACAUCAAUUGCAAGUUCAACCAAAGGCUUGUCUUGCUCUGAGUCUCUGGUCCGCUCAUACAAGCGCUCAAGCACAAACCAAGGUAUUUGGUUUUCUAUCAAAAACAGGUCAUGACGCCAAGUCGGAAUCAUGGCAUUGGAGAAGAUGAACCGUUCACUGUAGUUUGUAGGUAUGAGUCCAUAUGCAUCUCUCUUCCGAAGCAUCUCAAUAAUAAAGCAGCCAUCCAACAGCAAAAUUUUCUCGAACUCUUGUCUGCUGUCGACAUUGAUGGCUCCCAAACCCCCAUAGCAUUCACAAGCUUCGCUCUUCACCUGGGAUACUACAAUUUCCAACUCUUUAAUCUUAUCAUCUGGACUUGGGAAACGGCGAACAAGGUUUUCAAGAAAGUUCGUUUUGUACUUUUGAGCCUCCAUCAGGUAUGGUUCGCCAAAGUGCCAGGGACCCAAUGAAAAGAAAUGGGGCUUAUAAGCCUGUGGAUUUUGCAUUUUGAGCGUGUCCGGAACUUUGAAGAUGCAGGUAGUUCGGGAGAUGGUAGAAUCCUCUAAAAGCAAUUUUUUGUACUUGGUUGUCCAAUGGACAUCCAAUGCGAGGUGUUCGGCGUGGUUGUUACCCUCUGCCAUAAAUGGACCUCUUUGCAACUCUUUAAUUUCUCCUCUCAGACUGGAAUAUAGCGCAUUGACAUGC